CAACUGUUGGAUGCAGAGACAAGUAGUUGUCUCUGGUUGGAUGUUUGUUUACAAAAUAUUCUUGUUUUCAAAAAAUUGUCUUCUAAACAUGCCCCUCUGCAAGAGGAUACUCGCUUUUUGUGGCCUGUCGUGGGGUACAGAGUGCACCAAGUGUCGCCCGUCCAUUCCAAGCACUUCUUUAGGCAGUGCGAACAAUAUUGGGGAUUUCGAGGCCUGAUAUAGAGCACGCGAGGUUCGAAAUAAGUGCUGGCAGGCAUCUUGAAGAUCUUUAACCUUUGAGGUAUCAAAGUGCAAACUAUCCGCAGGCACAGUGGCCCUGUAUUCAUGUGAUAAGGGCUAUAGAAUGGGGCUCGCUCUGAGCAGUUUCAAACCGUGCCUGUACAGUGGAUGUUUGGAGUUGAUCCCACCUGCACGCUGCUAAGAAAUCGAACCUGCCUUAAGCCUGCAGAUUUUCAAGUUGGCACCCCCCUAAUCCUGCCAGGGGAAGAGGUUGAAUACCAUUGUUUGCAUGGGUACUCUGACCGGCUCCAAGCGACUGGCAUGUUUCCAUGCAGGUGCUUGGGCGAAUGGGUGCCCCGGUUGCAGCCGGCUUUAGAGAUGGAGAUGUCCCUGCAGGCGCGUUGUUAUUGAUUUCGCCGGUUCGCCUCUUCAAUCGACUUGGCAAAAAGGUUUUUUUCUGGCCGCUAAACUGGCAUUUUAAUCCGGUUGAAUCGCGAAAGUGCAAAUUUGUGUUGUCCAAAUGGCUGGCCAGACGAUCAGUGACCGGCUGCUGGCCGCUAAACACAGCUUGGCCGGACAGGGCUUAGCCAAAUCGGUGUGCAAAGCCACCACCGAAGAGAUGUUGGGCCCCAAAAAGAAGCACCUGGAUUAUCUCGUGCAUUGCACAAAUGAGCCGAACGUGUCGAUUCCCCAGAUGGCCAAUCUGCUGAUUGAGCGGUCGCAGAGCACCAGUUGGGUGGUGGUGUUUAAAUCGCUGAUAACCACCCACCAUCUGAUGUGUUACGGAAACGAAAGAUUCACCCAGUAUUUGGCUUCCAGCAACGUAUCCUUUCAGCUGAAUAAUUUCACCGAUAAGACUGGCGUGCAGAGUGCUGUGGGGGCGCGCACUGGCUACGACAUGUCCCCAUUUAUCCGACGAUAUGCCAAAUAUCUGAAUAACAAGGCCUUGUCCUACCGGGCGGUGGCCUUCGACUUUUGCAAGGUGAAAAGAGGCAAAGAGGAAGGCACCUUGCGAACUAUGGAUGCGGAAAAUCUGCUAAAAACUCUGCCAAUUCUGCAGAACCAGCUGGAUGUACUGAUGGAGUUCGAGGGCAGCACCAAUGAUCUGACCAAUGGGGUGAUCAACAUGUGCUUUAUGCUAAUGUUUAGGGAUCUGAUUCGUCUGUUCGCGUGCUACAAUGACGGCAUCAUCAACCUGCUGGAAAAGUACUUUGAACUGAACAAGAAGCAAUGCAGGGAAGCUUUGGAACUGUACAAAAAGUUCCUGAUUCGAAUGGAUCAGGUGGCGGAAUUCCUCAAGGUGGCAGAAAGCAUCGGGAUAGACAAGGGCGACAUCCCGGACCUAACCAGGGCUCCAAACAGUCUGCUAGACGCGCUGGAGCAGCAUUUGGCUUCCUUGGAAGGAAACACCCCCACUGCUGCCUCCAAUCACAAGAGUCUAAAAUCGGGGGUUUCUGCCCUGGCCAAUACCAGCUCGGCGUUUGGCUCUGCCAUGGAGGACACCUUCAAGCAGGCAGUAGCUGAAGAAGAGGCUGCUUUCAGCCAGUACAGGGCUAGCAUUGGCUCGCCCACUCUGGCCAGCACCAACCCUUUUCUGAGCGAGGAACCCCAAGCCCCUAAAGCGGAGGCCAUUCUCGACCUGUUUGGGGAGGACGCAAUGCUUUCAGGGGCUCCUACUGGGGCUGCACCCGCUCAGACCAAUGCCCUAGAUGAUCUGCUGUCCCUUGGCGGCAACCCAUUUGCGGACUUUUCUGCGCCCACUGUUUCCAAUGGAAUGGACUUUUUCGCACAGUCAGCGCCCGCUCCAAACAUGUGGAGCGUCCCCCAGCAGCCGGCGCCCCCCGUUCAGCAACCAUUCGGCGAUCUUUCCAAUGUGUUCAACACGUCCACGUCAUCGGUCUUUGACCCAAUGGGGGCUGCAGCGCCCAGUGCCCCCGCGCAGCCUCCCAACAUGCCUCCCCAGCGCCCACCCCAACCAUCUAAAAUCCUCACUGGCGAUCUGGAAUCCAGCUUGAGCUCACUGGUGGAAAACCUCACAAUGGAUUCGGGGGGCGGCAAGUGGAACUCGCCGAAAAAUCAGCCGAAGACUUCGAGCGCAGUCGGCUGGCAGCCCCAAUUGAUGGCCACGACCAAUGCAGCCUCUUACCGGCCUAUGACUGGGGCGCAGCCCCAACAGCAGCCUCAGACGGUUGGGCAGCCGAUUUUUGGCAAUACCGAUUUUUUGAUGGGUGGUUUCCAGCAGCCGCCAAUGUCCGGCGGCUCCAAAGGGGGCGAUUCUACAGGCCAACCCCAAAAGGCUUUUGACCCGUUCGGGGCAUUGUAAGGGGGCAAUUCUAGGUCACAGAGAGGUUUCUAUAAGUUUAAUAGGUUUCAUUACUAGUCAGUUUUGAGGAUUUGUAGUACAGGACUUUUCUGCUUGCGCAGCCCUCGAAACUUGGAGCUGAUUGGAGAAAGUACAUCAUUUAGCUUGUGUGGAAUUCAGCUGGUUGGGGUUGGAAUUAUCUGAACUCCCUAUCAAGAAGCUUCAUCGAUAGUGGGCUGCAAAAGGUUUUUUGAGUAUUUUGGGCCCCGAUUCCAUUGUGUUGGAUAAUACUCAAUUCUUAUGCAUAUUCAUAAGGAAUUACUUUACUUAUUCUCUCUUGUUGAGCCGACUUGGGAUUUAUCACAUUGUAUAUUAUGUAAAUUUAAGAUGAGCAUGUAUAUUUCUAAAGUUCAAUGUUCACUGAGACUAGCAGAUUCAUGUUUAAUUUUCCAUGGCUGUAAACACUUGUUUAAAGGUGUUACAAGGCCUCAGUUAGUCUCAGGCAUGGAAUACUCACACAGUGCAAUUUAGGUGGUUAUUUUUUAUUAUUGAAGUAAAACCGCACGCUCUUUUGUGAUAGUUUUGCUCCUGGAGCUUUUUACACAUUCCAGUAAUGUUAUUCUUGAAUCUCAUUAUCUACCACAUAGUUCCUUUUAUAUAUUUAUUUACUGUGUUUGUUGAGCUCGAAAUUGUCAUCCAUAGUGAUUGUACAACCAAAGAUAACUUAAGUUUAAGAUAUACAAUAGAUUUUUAGUUAAACGCUCUCUCUAGCAAAGUUCAGUGUAAUCAGUAUGUGACAAUAUAAACUGUGAAAAAAGUUGGAAAAUAAAUAUUUCGCUUAUGUGUUUA